ACUUUAUAUUUUCAUGGCGUGUAAACAAGUAAAUCCCAUCGGAUAAUGAGCGUUAUAUUGCACUAUUGAAAAAUAUUACAACUAUCAUCAUCGCUCGAAAAUAUUAUAACAUUUUACAAGAGUACGGCAUAAAAGAGAGCGAAGUUUAACAUGGAAGCGGAGGGACAAUUAUUGAAUAAACCUAACGAUAAAUUACGAAUUAAAGCGUACAAAAGAAGAUGGUGGAUAAUAUCAGUAUUUUCUUAUUAUGCGGGCGUUAACGCGCUACAAUGGAUACAAUAUUGUAGUAUCACGCCGAUUAUCGUUAAGUAUUAUAAUGUGAGUCCGCUGGCUGUCGAUUGGACAUCGACCGUUUUUAUGGUUGUUUAUCCCAUUUUGGUCGUUCCUGCAUCCUAUAUCAUCGACAAAAAGGGAAUUCGGUUCGCCGUGUUGACAGGAUGCACCGGGACGCUGCUCGGCACGGCCAUCAAGAUAUUUUCGAUUCGCAACGACCGAUUUUGGGUGGCCUUGGCCGGCAACGCCAUCGUCUCCUCGGCCUGCGUGAUGAUAAGCAGCCUGCCGCCGAAAUUGGCGUCCUUGUGGUUCAAGUCUUCGGAGGUUUCGACGGCUUGCUCGCUGGGCAUGUUCGGCACCCAAAUGGGCACGGCUAUCGGGUACAUCCUGCUGCCCCUCGUGGUGCACGAUCACCCCGAUCCGGAGGAUAUCGGCGAGAAUUUGAGGGUGAUUAACUGGGCAUUGACCAUCGCGAUGGUGCCUGUUACAAUUGCUGCGUACGCUUAUUUUCCUAACGAGCCUCCCCUGCCGCCCACCUUGGUGCAAGCCGAGCUUAGGGAGACCAAACCGAAGUUCGAUACGAAGGUCUUUUUCUUAUCCAUGAGGGAUUUGUUUUUGAACAAAGCUUUCGUGGUGAACAUGCUGGCAUAUUCCGUCAAUAUGGCGGUGUUUUCCGCCAUAGGCACUCUACAGAACCGGAUCAUAUUGACUUUUUACGAGGGUGCCUACGAAGAGGUCGGAUUGAUGGGUUUCCUGCUCGUCAUGUCGGGAGUUUGCGGAACUCUCUUAAUCGGAAUCGUGCUGGAUAAAACCCACAAAUACAAGGAGACUUCGCUGAUAAAUUAUGUACUGAGCGUUCUAAGCGUGGUGGCGUUCAUCUUUUCCUUGAAAUACAGAGUCAAACUAUUCACCUACAUCUCCUGCGUGCUACUGGGGUUAUUCACCAGCGCCUACAUCCUGGUGGGCUUCGAAUUCAGCAUGGAGCUGACGUUCCCGUUGGAGGAGAGCACCUCCGGCGGGGUGCUCUUCGCCUGCACGCAAAUACUCAGCGCCGUCGUCACCGUCGCCAUGGGGUACGUCAACCUGUGGGUGGGGCCGCUGAGGGCGCUGGCCUCGCUGGCCGUGCUGCUGGCCAUGGGCGCCUUCGUCACCGCCUUCGUGCCCAACACGCUCAAGCGGCAGGAGGCCUUCCGGCUGAACAAGCGCGACGGCAGCCUCAGGAAGCCCUCCUAUCACGGGUCCAGGCCCGUUUUUUGAUGUCCAGAUUGUUUGUUGUUUGAUUAUAUGAUUCUUAUUA